AUGAAUGUGUUAGAUCAAAUUACCAACGAAGGAACUACACUUGCGACUAUAUACAGGAAAUGUUUGUGGCUAACGGUGACACUAUUUGUCUCGCUUUCUUUAUAUAAUCCUCUUGUGGAUCUCAUCGCGCCAUUAAAUGAAACACGGCCACGGCAACACUUGUUUCACGUGAAUUACUUGUUUCUAGACGAAAUGGAAUACUUUUGGCCGGUGUUCGUGCAUUUAAGUUUCGUUGCUGUCGCGACCGUGAUAAUCAUAAUCACCAUAGAUUCGUUAUACAUUGUUAUAAUACACCAUGCUUGCGGAAUGUUUGCGGCAUGUGGGUAAAUAUGAUUUGAUUCUGUUCAUUGGAUAGGAAGAUAUUAUAAUGUCAUCGCAAUAUACAGAUGUAUAGUUUGGAAGCUGC